UGAAAAUCCAGUAAGCUGCUUCCAUGAGCUCACAGAGCACAGCAUAUUCUGUGAAUAAUACUUUUGUGUAUCCGGAAAUGUUUUACAUAAGUGGUUUACAAGACAUGCCCUUUGCCAACUGUUUUUAUAUUUUUUUAUUUAUUAUGUAUAUUGUUACACUGCUUUGUAAUAUUUUUGUUAUCGUAUUAAUAUAUUCUGAGCAAAGUCUUCACAAUCCCAAAUAUCUUGCUGUUAGUCAUUUAGCCUUUGUUGAUUUAUGUUCAACUACAGCCAUCAUUCCUAAACUAAUAGAAAUGUUUCUUUUUACCUCCAAUUUUAUAACAUAUAAAGCGUGUUUGGCUAACAUGUUUUUUGUUCAUUGUUUUAAUGCAGUACAAUCACUUUCACUGGUGAUAUUAGCUUAUGACAGAUUUCUUGCCAUAUGCUUCCCUUUACAAUAUCACAGCAUUAAUACUAAUAGCAGGAUGAUAAUAAUUAUAUUCUCAGCUUGGAUGUUUUCUGCUGUUACAUUGUCUAUAAUGGUCCUCCUGAUUACCAGACUCAGCUUCUGCAGGUCCACGGUAGUACAGAGUUAUUUCUGUGAUCAUGGACCUGUAUACCGCUUGGCCUGCAAUGAUUUUUAUCUAAACUACAUAAUGACGUUUCUUAUCACCGCACUGCUGGUUUUUGUACCCCUGACACUCAUUCUCUCCUCAUAUGUAGCCAUUGGAUUUGCAUUGUCAAAAAUUACAACAGCAGAAGGAAGGCAGAAAGCGUUUAAAACCUGCACGUCACACAUCAUCUUGGUGACAAUGUUUUAUCUUCCAUUGGCAGUUAUAUAUGUGGCAGCUCCACUAUUCAGUUUUCAUCCCAAUGUAAGAAUUGUAAGUAAUUCAUUGUCUGAAAUAAUUCCACCAAUGAUGAAUCCCAUAAUUUAUACACUAAAAACUGAUGAGAUGAUGGAGUCAAUCAAAAAACUUUUUAUAAGAAUACAAGACAAGGACAGAAAAAUAUAAAUUAUCAAGGCUCUAGGAUGAUAACUGUGUUAUUACGUCAAGUAAUGCUAGGUAAAUAAAAUAUAAAAUAAUACCAAAAUAUCUCAUCUUCAUUUUAUUAUAAUGAUUCCUAAAUGUGUACAUUUUACUUUAUUGUUGUCAACAUUGAAAGUAGAAUUUUGUUAUUAUUUAGUAACUGGCUUCUGUUGCAGUUUUGAAUUUGUGGAAAUUUCUGAACACUUUUUGUCAAUUUUGUUCUCUCCACAGCAAAAGAAAUCUGCUGUCCACUUCUUAAUGUUUGUGGAUACCCAAAAAUUAAUGAUUAGU